CAGGAGGGCAAAGUGCCACUGCCUGUUUGGAUGCAGAAUGCAGACGAUUAAGUGUGUGGUGGUGGGAGACGGUGCGGUAGGCAAGACAUGCCUUCUUAUUUCUUAUACGACAAAUGCCUUUCCAGAGGAGUACAUUCCCACAGUGUUUGACAACUACAGUGCUCAGAUGAGUGUAGAUGGGCGCACUGUCAGCCUCAACCUCUGGGACACGGCAGGGCAGGAGGAGUAUGACCGUCUGCGCACGCUUUCUUACCCACAAACUAAUGUUUUCAUCAUUUGCUUUUCCAUCGGAAGCCCUUCAUCAUUAGCUAAUGUUCGCCACAAGUGGCACCCGGAGGUGUCUCACCACUGUCCCAACGUGCCAAUUCUUCUAGUUGGCACCAAGAAGGAUCUGCGUUCAGAUACAGAGACAAUUAAGAAGUUGAAGGAGCAAGGGCUUGCACCCUCUACUCAACAGCAGGGUGGCACCCUGUGCAAGCAGAUCAAUGCUGUGAGGUAUCUGGAGUGCUCGGCGCUCCGCCAGGAAGGCGUGCGGGAUGUGUUUGUAGAUGCUGUUCGUGCUGUGCUCUACCCCAUGACCAAAAAGAAUACCAAGAAGUGUGUUCUCUUAUAGUCGGCUGUACAUCGGGGACUGCUGGAGGAGUAUAAUUUUAUUAACAAGCUGACCCUUUUAUUUGUGUAAUUUUUUUUUUCUGUGUCUCACUGACUUUCUCCUGCUAACAUAAGUACCUUUCGUUUUUGUAUUACUUGUAGAUCAGUCUGCCAAAGUUAUUCGCCUAUUUUUUUAUGAUAAUAGAAAACAGAUUAUUUACGGAUGCUCAAUGAAAGAUAUUUUUAUAUACAGAUGCGGUGACCAUGUCCAUGAUUAGCAAGUAUGUAGAGUGGGAUUUUUGCUUGAUAAUGACCUUGACUGUGCAUUCUGAUUAAUGUGCAAUUUAAUGAAGACUGACUGAGACCGACACUUUAGGUUUCCCUUCCAAUUCUUUGAUAAGCCCCUUAAAGUCUUUUUUGUAGCUGUUAUAUUCACACAAAAGCAAUAUUUCAACCAGUUGUAAAAGGAUAUGUUUUUCUCCAAAAUCAGGUUUAUCAAAAGAAAAAGUUUAGAGAUACAACACCUUUUAAGGAGCAUUCUGAUAUCUGUUAUUCACAAUCGCCAGCUGUUAAAAACUUAUUUCCAUAAUGCAAAAACGAAACCUUGAUUUUUAUUUAUUGAUGAUUAUUUUUAGUGUCAUGCUGUACAGUUUUUUUUUUCAGAUAUAUAUUUUUUUAUUUUACAAAAAAAAAGUCCCUUUUAAGAAUUGCCUCAUGUGCUUUUUUUAAGCAAGUAAUAUAUUAUUAUUUUUAUCAGAUUUAAGCAGCAUCCCAUUUUCUUGUUAGAUUUUAUGAAGCAAUUUUUUACUCAAAGCUUACUGAAGUUAAACUUUUAGUUAGAGUUAAGUCUUAUCUGCCACACCCUCAGCCUGAUUCCUAGGAUUUACCCUGUAUUUUAUGCAGCACAAGAGUUGUUUGUCAGUUGUUUUUAUAAGAUCCCUCAUUCCUAUGACCAAGUGAAUGUCUCACACCGUGCACUGUGUGAUACAUGAACAGUGAUUUGUCUUUCAAACCCAAAGAAGACUAAGCUGCAGGCAUGCGUGGCUUCUGUCGUUUUAACCCGCUGGGUCCAAAGUUCAAACCUGCACUAAGAUGAGUGCUAUUUGCUUCUGUUUGCUUUGGAGAAAGAAUGACUCCAAACUACAGGAUAUAUAUACCGGCCGCUUUAUUAGGUACACUAUACUAGAUGGACCCCUUUUGCCUUCAGAACUGCCUUUAUAUUUCUAGGCAUAGAUUCAACAAGGUACUGGAAAUAUGCGAUGCGAAUCUUCUGUUCCACAACAUCUCAAAGGUGCUCUAUUGGAUUGAGAUCUGGUGACAAUGGAGGCCAUUUGAAUAUAGUUAACUUAUUGUCAUGUUCAAAAAACCGGUCUGAAAUUAGUUGCGCUUUGACAUGGCAUGUUGUCCUGCGGGAAGUAGCUACCUGGUCUGAUCUUGUGCUGCUGUAGCCCAUCCACUUCAAAGUUUGAUGUGUUGUACGUUCAGAAAUGCUUUUCUGCAUACCUCGAUUGUACCAAGUUUCUAUUUAAGGUACUGUUGCUUUCUAUCAGCUCAAACCGAUCUGGUCAUUCUCCUCUGACCUCUGGAAUCAACAUCUCUGUAAACCCUAGAGAUGGUUGUGCGUGAAAAUCCCAGUAGAUCAGCAAAUUCUGAAAUACUCAGACCAGCCCUUCUGGCAAAAACAACCAUGUUCAAACGUUCAAAGUCACCUAAAACACCUUUCUUCCUCAUUCCGAUGCUCAGUUUGAAAUGCAGCAGGUCUUAUUGGCCAUGUCUACAUGCUUUAAUGCAUUGAGUUGCUGCCAUGUGGCUGGCUGAUUAGAAAUUUGCGUCAAUGAGCAGUUGGACAGGUGUACCAAAUAAAGUGGCCGGAGAGUGUGUACUGUAUAUGAAUAGAAAUGUGUCAUUUCGAUAUAUUUGUUUGGAUAGGGAGGGAUUUUAUUUUUACUAUAAACCAAUGGUUAUUUUAUACUGCUUUACAUGAUGAAUAUGAGGGUAUAAGUUGUCUGUCAUGUUACCUGACAACACUGGCCACUGUUUUUUAGUAUCAGAGUUUUUAAAAUAUGGGAUACCUCCCCAUGUUGCUAACAUCAUGCCGUAAGUGACUACAUUGAUCGUGGUCAAAGUAAUUGUUGUAGGCAGUUGAUGAACUGCAGCUAUGUAUGGGGUUAUAAUGUGUUAUUUAACUCCAUGGAACAAGAGCUUUUUGUGCUUUCAUAACUGGAAGUUGCCGUUGUGCUAAACUGACAUCAAUGAAUCACCGUGUAGUGUGAAAACCGAUGCUAUGGAAACCUGUGAUUUUAUAACUGAUUGUCAUUUAUGUUUUUUUAUAUUGCCUUGCAUUUGAAAACCUUUAGCUUUUUAAAAUUGUCUGCCAAAGUGCCUUUGGAUACAGAGAUUUUCUGUGCAGGUUCAUGUUUGAAUCACACCUUUUAUAAUUUACAGUGAUGUUUGUUUCUGAUGACGUAAUUCCUGUUUUGAUUUGAUUAACGUGUUGCUGAACCUGAUGUGUUGUUUGCUGAGAUGAAAAGGAAAUGGAAGGGAAAUGCUCUUGGUGAUGAAGUGCGCUAAUGUGGAUAUCAUGAUUGGUUAUCAUGAAUGUGGGUAUCAUGAUUGACUGUGUGCAGUGAAUGAUGGGUGAACUAUUUAAUAUAGUUAAUAUACUGUUUUAUAGUUUCCGUUUCAUCUUUUUAACCUUGCAUACUUUCAUUAACAGACAGUUGGCUUCACUAAUCAUAUUGGGAUGUGGUGCUUCAUUUACACUGUGCUAAAUUCAUGCACUGGGAUCUCAAUUUGAUCAAAAUUGCCAUUUUUAUUACAAAAAAAUAGUUUGAACUCACCUUGAAAUAAUUUCAAACUAAUGCCAAAUAAACGUUUAUGUAUCAAUUUUAA